UUUGCUUUGUGUUUAUUUCUUUAGGGAAUGAUAGUGUAGGAGUGUAGGAAAGCUUGAUCUAAGAAUUCUUUUAAACAGUUUUAAAGGAAAAGAUUAAAAGUGAAUGAAGUGGAUAAAAAUGAAUGCAGAGAGCUGACUGCAAAACUACGAGAGCAUAAUAGGCCUUGCGCAAUAUGUCUGUCGUCAGUCGAACUGGAUUCUUGGCAGAUGGGGAACUGACAGGAUCAGGAGCAUUUGACUCCCUGACCCUGGACUUCUGAGUUCGGGUCUGUGGACAAAAGUGAGCUGAAUUGAUAUGCGCUGUUGAGAAAGUGCAUUAAUUGAUAAGAGUGUCCAAUAUACUGCAGAGCAAGAGUAGUCCUGAAGAGCUUUAGAGUUAAGGCAGACUUGAAAACAAAGUGAUUCAAGUACUGUUUUUAGAAUAUACUCUCUCCGCAUAAUGCAAUUAGAAAGAAGCAUGCAAUGUUUUGUUGUGCGGCGUAGAUAGAGGUGGCUCACGUGUAUACAUGUGACCUCUAUGCCCUUUGGUAGAAUGGCAUUUUAGGUCUAAAGACUCAUGGACUUUUCACAAAAUCACUUCCUCAGUGUGCACCACAGUAGCCCAGUUCAGUGUGGGUAAAAGCGUGGGUGAGUGUAUUGUAGAGCCUGCACUGGAACGAAUAAUUUAAAAAGGUGCCUGAGUGUUCAGCGCACAUCAAGAUGAAGAGUAUUUGUGCUAUCAAGUCUCACAGCCAUGUUUUCUCCAGUGCAGGGAAGUCUGCUGUGUACCCUGCGUAGUUGCACCAGUUUCUGUCACUCUAAAAUAUGUGGAGAGAGAUAGGAAGCAGUAGUUCCUAAAGACAAGUCUUAUGUUUCCAAUUUCUGAAGUCUUGGAAGGAAGGUAUAGAUAAAAAUGAGACAGAGACAGAGAAGGCCAAUACAGGGCUUGUGGCAGACAAAAAUGCUUCUUUGUAUCGCUGUAGCCACAUAAUAUUAUAUAACCUAGAAUUCAGCUUAAUCCACGUGGAAGUGGGCUUGGUUUUGCCCAUCUAGCAAAGUGAAAUUUGUAACACCUUCAGAGUGCAGGUCUGUUAAAGAUUUCUGAGUGGGGAUGGCAGGUGUUGGUAGGAGCCUGGACUAAGUCCAGUGAAAAUUAUGCUUUUGGAUGUGAUUUCCUGUUAGAUAAAAAGGUUGUGUAAUAUAUAGAAUGUAGAAGAAUCUCCAAAGUUUGUCUGGAAGAAAUUGGAUGGCUGCUAUUUAUAUGUGUUGUUUUGCAUGGUUGCAUUCUCUUUCUUCUUCUUUGCUUCUUUUUCUGCACUCUUUCUAAAGCCCAGUAUGAAUUCAUUAUUGGCCUUUAAUUCAAAAGUUCAGAUUUAGUGUUUGAAUGGAUUAUAGGCUCAUACUUGGGCAGAAGGAACUUUUUGCUUGAUUAGCAAAGGCUAUUUAAUUUAGCUUUCCUAUGUGCAUGCAAAUAUAUUCUAACAGGCUGUUUGCAAGAUGCAAAAUUCUUUAGAUACCAGAUUUACUCAGUGUCAGAAAGAUCUCAAAAACCCAUGAGGAACUUGCAUACAAACCUAAGAGCAGCCAGCAUCAAGCGUGAAAUGACCUUCCCUGCAUUUCAACAGGAGGAUGUAAAAAGUGACAUCAGUCAAAAACUGCCAGACCAACAGUUUCUCCUGUUUGCCACAAAGGAGGAAGAUUUAAAAACAGCAGAGACCAAAAAAACAAACAGAGUUCAUGAGUAUGAAAAGGAAAACACUCGUUCUAUUUGCCUUCUUGAACAGAAGCGCAAGGUUGUUUCUUCAAAUAUUGAUGUGCCUCCAGCAAGAAAAUCUUCAGAAGAACUGGACAUGGAUAAAGUAACAGCAGCCAUGGUACUAACCAGUUUAUCCACCAGCCCUUUGGUUCGCAGCCCUCCUAUCCGACCCAAUGAAUCCCUAAAUGGAUCUUGGAAAGAGGGAGGAUUUGUGCCUUCUAGUACCAGCAGUAGUGGAUACUGGAGCUGGAACGCUCCCAGUGAUCAGUCCAACCCAUCUACCCCAUCUCCGCCUCUGUCAGCUGAUAGUUUCAAAGCUUUUCGAACACCUUCCCAGCCAGAUGAUGGUAUUGAUGAAGCUGAAACAAGCAACCUUCUCUUUGAUGAACCCAUUCCUAGGAAGAGAAAGAACUCAAUGAAGGUGAUGUUCAAAUGCCUGUGGAAAAACUGCGGAAAGGUACUGAGCACAGCUGCAGGGAUUCAGAAACACAUACGGACCAUUCACCUUGGACGUGUAGGAGAGUCUGACUACAGCGAUGGAGAGGAGGAUUUUUACUAUACAGAAAUCAGGCUCAACACGGACUCAGUAGCUGAUGGCUUAAGCAGUCUUUCUCCAGUCUCCCCAUCUUUAGCAUCUCCUCCUUCCUUUCCCACCCAAGAUGCAAUCCGUCCUGAAACUUCCUGUGCCAAAACUGAGACUAAAUUGAUGACACCUCUGAGCCGCUCAGCUCCUACCAACCUCUACCUCGUACACACGGACCAUGCUUACCAGGCCACUCCUCCAGUGAACAUUCCAGGGUCAACAAAAUUCACUCCUAAUGGCAGUAGCUUUAGCAUCUCUUGGCAGUCGCCUCCAGUUACCUUCACCGGCAUUCCAGUCUCACCAACUCAUAGUCGUCCUGCAGGGAGUGGAGAGCAGAAACAGUCCCACACAGCUCUUUCAUCACCGCCUAGAGUAGCAUUUGGCUUGAGGAAGCCUAGAGGGGAGGGGAAAAAAUGUCGGAAAGUCUAUGGGAUGGAGAACAGAGAUAUGUGGUGUACUGCCUGCCGGUGGAAGAAGGCCUGCCAAAGGUUCAUCGACUAACGAUUGGAAUUAUGCAGAGGAUUUGGGGAUGGGGGAGGACAGCAGCAGAACCAGAUUGCUGCAGCUGUAAUGUAUCACUUCCCAUUUUCCCUCCAGUGAUGUGGUGUUUGUUUUUUAAAAAAAAAAAAAUUUUUUUUUUUGAAGAGCUUUGUAUUUCAAAGUGAAGCACUUGUAGCCAAGGAGAAGCACUAAUCAAAACCUGUGUGGAGCAAUAGAGCAAAAAAACAAUAAACAAAACCAAGAACAUGCAACAAAAUUCUGACUUACUAAGUAUUGAAACCAGAGCAGCUAUUAGUGUAUUUCUGUAAAGGAAAAGAAAAAGUUAAUUUUUUGCUAACUCUAUAAGCUACUUGCUCCUUAGGAUCAUUUUUAACCAUUUCAAUCUCUGUGUUGUGAACGUCUGUAUUAGCUAAGCUGAACAAUUUUUCUUUUCCCGGAACGAAGAUUUUUUUUUGAAAGCUUUCUAAUAAACACUUUAAAGUCAUAUAA